GGACCUGGGCCUCUGCGCGUGAGACGGCGGCGCGGCUGCCAUGAGCCGGCCCAGCAGGCUGCAGAGGCAGAUUCUGAGCCUGUACCGCGAGCUGCUGCGCGCCGGACGCGGGAAACCGGGCGCCGAGGCGCGGGUGCGUGCCGAGUUCCGGCUGCACGCCGGCCUGCCGCGCUCCGACGUCCUGCGCAUCGAGUACCUGUACCGGCGCGGGCAGCGCCAGCUGCAGCUGCUGCGCUCCGGCCACGCCAAGGCCAUGGGGGCCUUCGUGCGCCCGCGGGGCCUGACGGAGGAACCCGGUAGUGCGGGGCCCGGCGACGGGGACGCUACGGAGGCGCGGGAGACCCGGCCUGUGGGACGGUGACGGGCGGAAGAGCCCAGGGGACCACGUGGGGGUCGGGGAAGCAGCUGCUGACAGAGGGAAGAUGGAGAACCCUCCUGGAACUGCAGGGUGCUCAGCGGAGGUCUACCAAGCACCCGCCCACCGCCCAGGGUCGAAGACAGACUGACAUGCACUGCUCGUGGGGACGUCCCCACUCCCGGCACGACAAGGGGGACUAUGCCAUCCUGUGUGGAAGAAACUUUUUGCCGACUUGGCAAGGUGCCCUGACGAGUGGUGAGAAGGUGGCAGCUCCAACCCGCACCCGUGGAAAAACUGUCUCAUUGGAUUGUGACACUCGAGCGGAAGGGGCCGGGAGUCCUGCCACCCAAAUUGGCCAACUGAAGACCCCCUCAAUAACCCCUACUUGAUAACCCUGAGGGGCAGCCCCCCAGCCUCUGCUUAUUCCACUGUUUGAAUGAAGGGAAUAAAAUGGGGGGUGCAUACUU